AUGUUGCAAAAAGUCAUCUUCUUCAAGCACAAUUGGUGCUCAAGAAAUAGAUAUCAUGCCAAGGUUUCUCUUCACUAUAGAAGAAGGACAAGAGAAGAUUUGGAAUCUGAAAAUGGAAUAUCCAGUUUUGACAUCAAUAGGAAAAAAACAAGAAGUAAAAGUUUGAGUGAUUUACUUCACAAUAUUGCUGAUACUCCAUUAUUGACUCCUGCUGCUUCACCCCCAUAUUUUACUCCUCCUGUAACUCCAUCAUCAUCAUCAUCAUCAUCAUCAUCAUCAUCAUCAUCAUCAGAUUAUAUUCAAAAGGGCUGUUGUAAUCCACUACAUGAAUCAGAAAGUGAUGCAGUAUUCAAUAUAUUGAGGUCUUGCCUACCCCCAAAAUUGAAGUUCUUGAGUGAUGCAGUAGAUAAUCUUUAUAGGAGAAAAUUCAUGGAAGGAGAAGUGGGACUUAGUCAAUAUCACAAUUCCAUAGAAAAGUAUCAUCCAUCAAGCACUUCUUCAGGGGAUGCUUGUCCUUAA